CAUAACAUCGACUGAGAGUGUUCGCAGUACCGUAUUUUUCAAGCAUAUCAAGGAAGGCGAUACCUCUGCAAUAUUGGACAAUGGUUCGACACCAUUUGAUUAAGACAGUUGGCAUAUUGUCGAUAUUAUUGGUGUGGAAUGUGCAAGGAGAGUUGAGUGCACCAAAAGAAUCACCACUAUCUCUUCGUUUGAUUGAUGUAGAGACAAACAUUUCUCCAAUUAAUGUUCUUUUCUUAAACAAGAAAGCGUCGAUAAUUGUCGACGGUCUGGAGUGGUUAAGCCAAAACCAAGAAAUUAGUGAAACGAGCGAAAGAUCCCUUCUCAGUUACUCCACCUAUAUCAACGAACAGCAGACUGCAAAUGGAAGCAUUGACUUCUCAGUUUCUUCAAAUAACACUAGCGCAGUAUACUUUCCCACAUCUAUUGAUGCGGGUGUAAUUGAAGCAAAGGAUUCGGGUGUGAAUUCGAUUCGCGUCCUCAUUCAUCAUUUGUUGGAUGAUGAAAUCAUCGAAUUGUCAGCCACUUUGGAUGUGCGGUCGUAUCGGCCAGAGAUGGCGAGUAUUCCGAUUGCGCUUUCAUUUGGAUUAUUUUUAGUUUUCAACAUCCACAUGGUCCACUCCCUCUUUCUUGCCAUCUUCAUUGGCUCCUGGAUUAUUGAAGGAUCGAUGACAAGGGGUUUCAAAGCAACUUUCGAUACAUUUCUCUUGGAAGCUGCUACCGAUAACGAUCACGUGUCAAUGUGAGUGAUCUGAAAGCUUCCUCUUCUCAAUCACAUUUUUCAACUGGAAGAAUAUCUAACAAUUGGUUUUCAUUGCUCUCAAUGCUUCUACUUCCAUGUUAUGACAGUAUUCUUUUCAUCGUGGGGAUAUUUGGACUAAUGGCAAUGGUGAAUAGAAGUGGAGGGACAUCAGCAGUGAUCAAAUCUUUGACGCAACACUCGUCUAAGACCAGAUUAGCACAAUUUGUUAUAUUUCUAAUGGGCUUGGCUUUCUUUUUCAACCCAUACGUCAGUAUAAUGAUUGUUGGUAAUAUUAUUGGAUCAAUCUUCAAAAGCUUCCCUCUUUCAAGCGAAAAGGUAUCAUUCCUCAUCGAUACAACAGCCGCACCAGUAGCGAGCAUCUUCCCAACGUCUAGCUGGGUAGUCUUCUCGACAGAUCUCAUCGAAAGAGAGAUUGAAAAGAUUAAAGCAUUGGGAUACGAAGAAGUCAGCGGCGUCAGUGGUCAUUCUUUAAUCAUUUCGAGUAUUAUGUACCAAUUUUAUCCCAUUUUUGUUCUUGGACUUGCUGUAUUGCAGAUCUUAACGGGACGUGAGAUGGGCCUAGUAUUAGAUGCAGAAAACAAGGCACGACUGAGCUACAACAGUAUUGAUCCGAGAAAGACAUCUUUUUCAAGGUUAAAAGAAAGGUCAUUGAACUGGUACAUUCCUGUCGUCACUCUCAAUGUCUUCCUCUGGUAUGCUUUCAGUCAGGACGAUAAUGAGAGUACUGAAGCUUUUGGAACUACAUGGUUGAUGAAUACAGUGGCUGCAAUAAUCAUUACACAAUUGUUUUUUGUGUUUCAAAGAAGGGAUGGGAAAGUACCAUUUCUGAGUAAAUGCUUCGAUCGGUAUGAAAGAGACACGAUUGCAUACUUGACUGACACAUUCCCAUCAGCAUCUGGAUCUGCUUCAAUCCAUUACAAUCCUUCCUCCAAAUCUGAAGACGAGGAAAAUUACCUGAAAGCUCUCGAUGAUGAUUGCCAAAUGAUUUUGCAAAUGAACACGGAAGAAGAAGAGAACGGAAGAAAAGAGAAGUCUUGGCUUGUGUGUUCGACAGAGCCAUCUCUAUUGACUUUUCACGACGGUGCAAAAUGCAUGGUGCAGAGUGCAGUGAGAGCCGCGCCCAUUGCCCUUUCUCUGGUGUUAACAUGGGCAGCCGGUUCUGUAUACCAAGCCCUUGGAAUCGAUCGUGUCGUGAUCUCCUGGAUUGUGAGUGACACAAUUUCAGUAGAAAUAUUGCCAAUCACUAUCUUUCUCUCGACAUUCUUUUUAUCGAUCACACUUGGGUCAUCCAUGACCACUAUUUCAAUCUUGUUGCCAACAAUAAUGACUCCGCUCGUAGACUCUCUCGGGGGGGAUUCGAAGGGUAUGAGUCUUGUUUUGGCAUCAAUUCUCAGUGGUGCAGCCGCUGGGGACCACAUCGGACCUUUCUCGGAAACGACAAUCAUAUCUGCUCUUGUUUCCGGGAUUACGGUUCGGCGCCAUUUCAUUACGCAGGCGCCUUACGCGCUUUUUGUAUUGGUAAUGAGCUUAUUGGUCGGAACUUUACCGGUGUCAUAUGGUAGCUACCCUGCCUACGUUGGAUACAUCAUCGGAGUUGUUGUUUUGCUUCUAUUUGUGAUCCUGGUAUGUCGGCAAGUGAAGAGAUACAAGUCGAGUAUCGGAGGACCUUCACCACCUAUGCCUGUUUCUGAAGUUCUGCAUCCAAUGAUAGCUCCUCAAGACAAGAGGAGGGAAGAUAGAUCUGCGACGCCCAUGCACCCCGGCACGGACAACCAACAGCAGCAACCAAGAACGAACGAGCCUUUGGACGGCACCGAUGUCGUGGAAGGCCGUGAAUCUUUCAAGAGCAAGCUGCAGACUAUCAAUGACGCAGGAGGCGACCCGAUCAAAGGACUUGUGGAAGACGGCAUACUGCCCAACAACUUCGUGAAUUUUCUCCAGAAGCCACCUCUGGGGCAGGGGGCUCCGGAACGAAACGCCCCGCUGGACUCGGCCAAGGAAAGCAAGAAACGCUUGAUCGAAGCCACGAUAAAAAAAGCCGAGCAGGAUGGCAACGUGUUCUCCGACUCGCUGAGAACUUUCCUUCGCACGGCCCAAGAGAACCUCGGAAACAUGCUGGACGACAACAGAAACCAGGGGAUCUCUGCCUCUGCAAGCACAGAGAGCGGCGGCGACGACGACGACGACGACUCGUUGGACAACCUAAUGAUGAACAUUGCUGCCAAGGGGUGGAGAGCGAGCAUCAACAACAUACUGGGAGACGCAAAAAAUAAAGACGAUUACAGCACCGAUGGAGGGAGCAGCAUGAUGGAAUCCGACGAAUCUGCCUUCACGUCUGCGUCAUCUCGCUCCGGACCGUCUCACUUUUCGACGGGAACCUCUCAGUUGUUGAAUCCACUCGAAUUCAACAACGACGAUUUUUCGUCCGUUCCCGACGAAGAGCAAACCGCCAUAGCAUCCUUUUAGGAUUCUCGCUGUAUUUUGAACGGUGGUCGACUCGUCUCGCAAACUUUCGUAGUGACAAACACACAAAAAUAGACUCGUGCAUACACAGAAACUCUCCCCACAAAUACAUAGAACUGAAAGGA